AUGUCUCGAGCAGUCGUAUUCGGCCUGACACUGGCCCUCCUGGUGGCCCUCUGCUUGGCGCAGACGGCAGACCAGGGCCUGCUCGGUGGCUUCGGCCUCGGCUACUCUGGCUACGGACGCUACGGACGGCUGGGCGGACUUGGACCGGACGGCCGCUUCAGAGGGUACGCUGGAGGAUUCGCCGGCCCGCUGGGCGGGUACUCCAGCUCGGGCCGUAGCUACAACAACUACUGGAACGGCUACGACGGUCGCUACGGCGGUACGGCCACCGAUCCAGAGAGCUACGGCAGCUACGGCGGCAACGGCUUCGGCGUCUACUACUAG